AGCAGUUCAGACUUCAGCUACGGCUAUUGAUGUUUUUGUCUUUCUUGUUGUGGAACGAAUGAAGAAUAUUAUAGUAACCAACUAUAAAAAGACAUCGUUAAAUUGUGUUAAACUUCAUGUGUGUGCACAUUAAUAUUAUUUAAAUUGUGUUCCAAAACCUCUGUAUCGUUAUGUAGAAUACGGUUCUGUGAAAUGAAAAAGUGACAUCUUACCCGAUGACUGCUUUGUCGAUAUGCAAUGUGAUUACAAUCAUAAUUAAUAAUAUAAUGUCGUAAGCUAGGUAUAAUAUGUUAGGCGAGCAGCAUUGAGGUAUAGAUAAAAGGAGACACAAUGCCAGUCCAGCUAAUAAACGUGAAGAAUUCUUCUGAUAUCGAGAGCUGGGAAUGGGGUGGCGGAGGCUGCGUGCGGGAGGCGGUCAGAGCCGGGUCAGGGAGCAGCCGGACUUCUUGCAGCAACUCGAGCGGGGACAUCUGUCGCAUCUGUCACUGCGAGAGCGAGACUCAUAAUCCUUUGCUGGCACCAUGCUACUGUUCUGGCAGUCUAAAAUAUGUCCAUCAAAGUUGCCUGCAACAAUGGCUCACAGCCUCGGAAACUCGAUCAUGUGAAUUGUGCAAAUUCAACUUCAUUAUGCAUACGAAAAUAAAACCAUUCAAUGAGUGGCGGCUGCUGGAGAUGUCGGGCGUGGAGCGGCGCCGGCUGUGCUGCGCCGUGCUGUUCCACUGCGUGGCUGCGCUCUGCGUCAUGUGGUCGCUCUUCGUCCUCAUAGAACGUGCUGUUGAAGAAGUCAAUAGAGGACUCAUUGCGUGGCCGUUCUGGACGAAGCUGGUGGUGGUGGCGGUGGGGUUCACUGGGGGCGCCGUGUUCAUGUACAUCCAGUGCCGACAGUACCUGCACCUCUGCAACCGAUGGCGCGCGCACAAUAGAAUACUAUUAAUCCAAAACGCGCCAGAGAAGUUGCCUAUGGGUGGUUCAUCCACGUCGACUGAACUAAAACCAGCGAACACCAUCUUAGAGUUCCAAGUCGACUGA